AUGCCAAUUAACCAAGCAAAAGUCAAGAGUGUACUGUCAGGGGACACUCUUAUAUUAGCUAGCGUCAACAAUCCUGCCCAGGAGAGAACGCUGAGUCUAGCAUAUGUCAGCGCACCAAGGCUUAAGAGAGAAGGAGAUGAGCCGUUUGCAUUUCACUCCAGAGACUACCUCCGUCGCAUGACGGUAGGUAAAGUCAUACAAUUCACUAUCCUCUAUAGCAUCCCAACAGGAGCCAAGCGGGAUUACGGUACCGUCUACCUCCAGACCGGACAGUCGUUGCCUGAUGCAGCAGCCGCAGAAGGCUGGGUGAAGCUGAGGGAGGAUGCUGGUCGCAAAGAUGAAUCUGAAGCCUCCAAGGCUCUCCUCGAGAAGCUGGAGCUUGCCGAAGCGAGCGCUAAGGCUAGUUCGAAAGGGAUUUGGGCGUCCACUGGAGGGAAUAUAGAGAACGCCAAUGAGAUCGCCGACCCGAAAGGCUUUGUUGAGCAAUACAAAGACAAGCCAAUAGAGGGCAUCGUUGAACGUGUCUUGACUGGCGAUCGAAUGAUUGUGCGGCUAUACUUGUCUUCUAAAAAGCAUGUCCAGACAAUGGUGCUCGUGGCCGGUAUAAGAGCACCAGCGACUAAGCGAACAAACCCAUCUGAUGGCAAAGAACAAGUAGCCGAACCUUUUGGUCCAGAGGCACAUGAAUUUGUCGAGUCAAGACUACUACAGAGGACCGUACAGGUCGAUGUUCUAGGAUUGAGCCCACAAGGCACACUGGUCUGCACAGUGAAGCACCCAAACGGCAGCAUCGCCAAAUUUCUGCUCGAGGCUGGAUUAGCACGUUGCACCGACUUCCAUUCAACAAUGCUUGGCGGCCAAAUGUCUGUCCUUCGGCAGGCUGAGAAGCAAGCAAAAGACAAGAGGAUUGGGCUUUUCCAAGGACUUGCCAACAGUAUGCAGGGAGCCAGUGAAGCGGACGCUACGGUUACCCGCAUACAAACAGCGGAUACUGUCUACUUAAGAGACAAAUCGGGGGACGAAAAGCGAGUAAGCUUAAGUAGCAUUCGGCAACCGAAGCCUACAGAUGCGAAGCAAGCACCCUUCCAAGCGGAGGCCAAAGAGUUCUUGAGGAAAAAGCUGAUUGGCAAACACGUGCGUGUCACCGUCGAUGGCCAGAAGGCCGCAACCGAGGGUUUCGAAGAGCGAGAUGUAGUCACUAUCAUGAUCAACAAUAGAAAUAUGGCUUUACAGCUGGUCGAAGCUGGCUAUGCUUCUGUGAUCCGGCAUCGACGAGACGAUGAGGAUCGAAGCCCAGCUUAUGACGAGCUUCUGACCGCAGAAGAAGCUGCCCAAAAAGGAGAGAAAGGAAUGUGGUCCCCGAGACCUCCUGCCGCCAAAGCGUAUCAAGACUACUCAGAAAGCCUGCAAAAAGCGAAAAUUCAAUCGUCGGUCCUCCAACGCCAGAAGAAAAUCCCAGCAAUUGUCGAUUUCGUCAAAGGCGGCUCUAGAUUCACAAUACUCGUUCCCCGAGAAAACGCCAAACUCACAUUCGUACUCUCUGGCAUUCGAGCUCCGCGUUCAGCCCGCAAUGCAAACGAAAAAUCCGAACCAUUCGGACAGGAGGCUCAUGACUUUGCCAAUCGACGUUGCCUUCAACGAGACGUCGAGAUUGAUGUCGAGGCUACAGACAAAAUAGGUGCUUUCAUCGGCACUCUUUACAUAAACCGUGAAAACUUCGCCAAACUCCUUCUCGAAGAAGGUUUCGCUACUGUUCACACAUACUCUGCCGAGCAGUCUGAGCAUGGCGGCGAGCUCUUCGCAGCCGAAGAGAAAGCAAAAGCGGCUAAGAAGGGCAUAUGGAAGGACUACGAUCCCUCUAUCGAAGACGGGGUAGAUGACCCCAAUCUCAAUGGAGCUACUACCAAUGGCCACAUCGAAUCUUCCGCACCGGUCAAGAAAGACUACCGUGAUGUCGUUGUCACUCAUAUCGACCCCACAACCGCCCACCUAAAGCUUCAACUCAUCGGACCAACGACAUCCGCCGCACUCACGGGCCUCAUGACUACCUUCGCUAACUAUCAUCGCUCCCCUCCCUCCUCCGAAAAGUCCCUCCCAAAUCCACCCAAAGCGGGCGACCUCGUAGCGGCACGGUUUUCCGAAGACGGCGAAUGGUACCGUGCACGCAUCAGACGGAAUGACCGCGAGGCCAAAAAGGCGGAUGUCAUCUUCCUCGACUACGGCAACAGCGAGACCCUGCCGUGGAGCGAGUUGAGACCGAUGAGCCAACCGCAAUUCUCCCUCGGCAAACUCAAGGCCCAAGCGUUGGACGCGGCCUUAUCGUUCCUGCAGUUCCCGACGAGCGCAGAGUACAUGGCCGACGCGGUCAAGUUCCUGCAGCAGGUCACGGGUGAGAAACAGCUCGUGGCCAGCGUGGACUUUGAGGAGAAGGACGGCACGCUGUGGACCACGCUGUUCGAUGCCGAGUCGGAGGGCGGGGAGGAGGCGAGCGUGAACGCGGAGGUCGUGGCGGAGGGGGCGGCGAUGGUGUCGAGGAAGUUGAAGGGCUGGGAGAAGGCGAGGGGGAAGAUUGUGGAAGGGCUGAUGGUGAAGGAGGAGGAGGCGAAGGGGGAGAGGCUGGGUAUCUGGGAGUAUGGGGACUUGACGGAGGACUAG